AUGUUCUUCUCAGACCAAUUACUUAACAAAGAUGGACCACUUGCUUACGCGUGGUUGGCUGCUAACCUUGAGAAAAAGCUGACGAAGCAGCAGCUUAUGAAGGCCUCAAUCACAAAGUCUGCAAAAGCAGUUGAGAAUUCAUCCAAAGCUUUGGAUGUGAGCGAUUCACAACGUGAUGUCGAACCAAUGGCUCUCAGACUAUCAGGACAACUUUUAUAUGGUAUCGUGAGAAUAUACUCCCGUAAAUCCAAAUAUCUUUAUGAGGAUGUGAGCGACAUUCUAAUGAGGCUUAAGGCUUCUUUUGCAACAUCGAAAUCGGUCAACUUGCCGCUCGAGUCAACUGUUAUCACAUCUCUUAAGACUGUUACCAUGACAGAUACCGUUUCAGAAGCUGAUCUUUUGUAUCAGAGACCGGUCGAUUUUAAUGAGAUCUUUGAGUCGCAAGUAUCCGGAAAUGAAGUGAGGGCAAGUGAAUUAGCCCCGGAUACUGAUGAGGACACUUUUGCGACAGCUAACGAAUCAAUUGAACUGGGGCGUAAUGCUUCAAGUGCAAAUGCUUCGGAUGAUGAGAUAGAGCAUAACAGGAACGCAGAGGAUGAACUAGAAGAAUUAGAUGAUACCGGCGGUAUGGAUUUGGAUUUGGACUUCGAUAUUGGAAAUACAGAAGCACAGGAUCAUCCUAAGACUCCACAACCAGACGAAGAUGACUCAAUCGAGAUUGGCAGAGCUGCUGAAACUCCUAAUAUGUCUGCAUUGGACAAUACAGCAGAAGCCGCUCUUCCCGAACUUGAUGAGCCAAUAUUGGAAGCUGCCAACGAGGAUGAAAACGAUAUAAAUGAACCAUCAACACCGCCAGACUUCGUUGAGCCUUUAAAUACUAGUAAAGCAGCAGGUGGAAAACAGUUAGAAUAUCUAAAAAUGAACGUUGUUAGAACUGCAACUCGAAGGAUGAUUGUUGAUUCAGUCACAGAGCUUUCUGCGCAAACGCUCAGGGCAAACCAGAGACGUUACUUGAAGAAUGCGAAACGAUCGGACACUAGGAAGCACCAAUUAUCCGACAAUAAUGGAAAUGAUGCAUUUUCCAGGUUUGCCAAGGGAUUACAUUUGCAUAAAAAGAGACGUUUAGAGUUGCAACAUGACGGUGCUGAAGAGCACACGAUGACAGAAAAUGUCAUCACAGAUGCACAGGUGCCAGAAAUUGAACCUGAUUUCGACGAUAUAGAUGUUGCACCACAAUCACCAGUGAACAAUAUUUCGUUAGAUUUGGGAAAUUCCGAAGAAAACGAAGACAGCAUUGACGACGUUGGAAUUGAAGAUGGUCAAUUGAACGAUCAGGAACAUGAAGAAAAUCAAGAUGAGGAAACUCGGGAGGAAGAAACCGUAGUUUCAAAAGAGAGAAAGGCUACAAUACAUAUUGCCAACUGUGUUCGGAAGCUUCUCACUGUGGGAGACCAGACAUUUUCGGAGACACCGGUCACUUUUACCGAUAUUCUUGAAGAGGAACAAGCUUCAGAAGAGCCUGUUUCAAAGAAUUCUAGAGUGGCUGCUACUGCUACUUUCUUUGAAUUACUAGUUCUGGCUGGAAAUGACAACGUGAAGCUAAACCAAGGCAGAUUGUUUGGCGAGAUUACAGUCGAGGCAAAAGAGUCUCUUGCCACAUCUUUUGUGUAA